AUUUUUUUUAUUAAAACGAAAAUGGAAAUGGAUAAAGAACCAUAUGAUUUUAUUUUUAAAAUAAUAAUAAUUGGAAAUGGAAGUUGUGGAAAAACAAGCAUAUUAUAUCAUUAUUUGAAUGGGAAAUGUAUAAAAUAUAAUUUAAAUAUUUAGAGCCCAAGAAUGUAGCUUAGACUGUGGGUGUUGAGUUUUCAUCAAAGAUGAUAUCUAUAAAAGGGAAAUCAAUAAAAUUGCAAUUAUGGGAUACUGCAGGUUAAGAAAGAUAUAGAUCUAUUGCAAGAACAUAUUAUAGAGGUGCAUUAGGGGCUAUAUGUCUUUUCGAUUUGACAAAUACAGAAUCUUUUUAGAAUAUGCCUUAAUGGAUAAAAGAUGCAAGAGAUUUUGCAAGGCCUGAUAUAUGUAUAAUAGCAUGUGGAAAUAAGAUAGAUUUGAUCGUAUUAAAUAUAUUUUAAAAAAGGAAUAAAGAAAAAUUACAGAGAGUUAGGUUUAAAAAUUAGUAAAGGAUUAUACAAUAGAUUCUUAUUUUUAAACAAGUGCUGUAACAGGAGAGUAAAUAGAGAACAUGUUUUAGACUUUAUCAGAGAAAUUAGUUUAAAAGAUUGAUAAUGGAUAGAUAGAAAAAACUGAUUUAAAACCAAUUUUAUUGGCAACACAUUCUUCAAAGGAAGAGGCGAAAGAAUAAACUUGUUCUUGUUGAUUUA